AUGGUCUCGGAAUCAUCGGAGCAGCCAUCUUCAUAUUCGCAAUACUCGUUCGAGGAACUGCGUGUGGCCGAAUACAGCCGCGAGGAUAUUCGUCCAAUCUCUGGAUCCAGCCAGGGUGCUCGCAAAGCUGAGGCACCCCCCUCAUUACCAACAGCCGCGGAAAGUGAUCGACUGGACUUCAAAUUGGACCUCAGUCUCAUGCAAAGUCUCGUUCCAAACAAGUGUUUCAGCGUCAGUGAAGCCGUGCAUCUGGCUCGUGCGCAGCCCGAAUAUCCUGGCCAAAACGUACGAAGAAUCACUGUGUUGGUCUCCGCGCACAAUGGAGCGAUCAGAAGCUGUUACGAGGAUCCCUCUCGUAACAUCCGCGUGAUUCCAUUCAAACUCAACGCCCGGGCUCUCGACAUCACCGGUCUGCGUGCACUGAUGGGUAUUGGAGAUAAGAGCCCCCCACUCUACAUGGGCCAGGUCGAAAUGGUGCUCAUGAAGAUGUCUGCCACGAACAAAGAUGGGCGACUCGAUUACAAGUCGUUCACCAAGGCAGUUCAGAAGAUAGAUCUAAACGAAGCACAAUCGCAAGCCCUGAAACAACGUUUAGCGAUGCUUGAGUCCUUCCUCGAUCUGGACGGCAGGGCGGCGGAGCCAGAAUUCCUUCCAGGCGAGAUGAUUAUCAUGGAUCUGUCCGAUGCUUUCAUGUCAUCGAGCACAGCCUGUGUUCUUUUCAAGCUGGGCUUGGACCGCUUUCUGGAGUCUCCCAUCAAGAAUAAGAUGGUGGUGCUGGACGAAGCGCACAAGUACAUGUCCGAUAGUCCAGGAUCCAAGUUUCUCGCAGAGUGUCUCCGCCAUACCAUCAGUGUACAGCGGCACGAGGGUGUCCGUAUGAUCAUCUCCACUCAAGAACCGACCGUGUCUACAGAACUUAUUGCGCUUUGCAACAUGACCGUCAUUCAUCGCUUUUCGAGCCCUACCUGGUAUGCCGCACUCAAGAGACAUAUCAGCGCCCUUGACGGCAACGACGACAAGGCUCUCAUGCAGCAGAUCGAGGGAUUGGAAACCGGAGAAGCGCUUGUGUAUUGUCCGAGCACUGUCCUCGCGAAGAAUGAUGACGGAAGCUUAGUGAAAGCUACGGGCCGACUGCUUAAGGUCAACAUCCGGAAAAGGAUAACGCAAGACGGCGGCGAGUCGAUCAUGGCCGUGUGA